UCUACAUUCUUUUCUUUUUUUUCAGACGAGGACGCACAAUUGAUGUCGCAUGGUGUGUAAUUUUUCGCGACUGUCACGCACUUCUGUUUGUGUGAAUGCCGAUCCGGGACGUCGAGGGGUCUCGAUGAAGAUGAAGCGAAUGAAAAGCGAGGUGAUCAGCGCAACGAUCGAGUCUUAUUUGAAGCGACGUCAUUAUCAGACCAACGACGUCCACUACAAGAGCGAGCAGUUGUUUUGUCAGACCAGCGACCAAAUGACGUUAAACGCGACAGCUGAAUGCGGAACCUCUCAGGAUAAUUCCAUAGUUUUUAGUGCGAUCACUAUUGAUGUUACUGCAGCUGAUAAAGCUUAUCAACAAUUGAAGAAAUGGAUGAAUAUCAUAGUCAAUGAAAAAAUAAAAGUAGAAUUGCAAGGACUUUUGUAUCCAAUAUUUUGUCAUCUUUAUCUAGAGAUGCUACAUGCUGGUAACAGACAGGCUGCAAUCCAAUUUAAGGCGCAUCAGAAUGAAUUUAUUAGCGAUACUGAGAAAGAUUUCUUAGAAGAAUUAUCUAGGGUAUUUUCAGUACAGGAUAUUGAAUUGAGACCUUUGGUGAAUGCAUUCAGAACUAGAAAGUACAAAGUAGAUCUGUCUGAGUUAGCUCACAUUUCUCUACGACAAUAUCUUACAAGAUGUGGACAUAUAAUAUUACUGCAGAUUAUAAAUACACAUAUCACGAUAAUCAGAAAGGCAGGCAGUCCAAAAAUGGAUGGAGAGACACAUGAAGAAAAAAGUCAAAGAUAUGAAACAAAUAUUAAUGGUCAUGUGGAACAACCAUCUGGUACAGGUGUUGAUCGUGAAAUGCGAGAAUUACAGGAAGCAAUACGAUUAAUACGAAAUAAUUCUCAUCAAGCAUUAAGAAUAUUUACAGUGAAGAAUGCUGUGGAAAAUGCAAGUUGUGGUCUUAUUGCACCUAAAAUGGAUAAAUUAGCGGUAGGAUUUAGUACGGCCGAAAUACGCUUAUGGGGUAUAGGUGAAACGGUUUUAGUUAAACAUAAAGAUAAGCAAACGCAUGUUCCAUUUGUCUGUGAUGUAUCACCGUUUUAUAAAUUUAACGAGCACGAAAGCACAAUAAGAAGCGAAGCAGGGGCGAUAAUAUUAAGAGGGCACACAGACGUAGUGCACGAUUUAAGAUUUAUUCCAGAAGCAGACAUUCUUCUUUCUGUAUCAAGUGACAAAGAUAUGAGAGCAUGGAGACUCAACGAUUACUCGUGCGCAGCAGUGUACAGUGGUCAUAGUUACCCGAUUUGGUGUAUGGAUACCAGUGUGUUCAAUUUAUAUACCGCAACAGGUUCACAUGAUAGAACUGCCAAAUUAUGGUCAUUGGAUAGAACGUUUCCCUUAAGAAUAUUUGCUGGUCAUUUUUUAGAUGUCAAUUGCAUAAAAUUCCAUCCAAACGCCCGAUACUUGGCGACUGGUUCCGCCGACAAAACCAUAAGAUUAUGGGCCAAAGAUGAUGGGAAUUUAGUACGGGUAUAUGUCGGAGCGCAAUCGACCAUUUACACUUUAGCUUUUAGUCCAGAUGGGAAAUAUCUAGCUGCCGCAGGUGAUGACAAAUGUAUAUCCAUAUGGGAUUUAGCAUCUAAUGCAUUACUUACUGAAUUGAAAGGCCACGAAGAUACAAUCAUGAAUGUAGACUGGAGUUUGGAUGGCCAAUAUAUUGCCAGUGCAAGCAUAGAUGGUAUUGUACGAUUGUGGCCUACUCAAGAUUUUAUCAACACUUUGAAUGGAGGAUCAUCAAGCGCGAUAUCUCAAACGGAGGCGCAAAUAUUUUCAACAUCUUGCUCAAGCAUUCUUUCAUUGAAUUAUUAUAAGAAAAACAAUUCAUUUAUUUGUAUCGGUACAGCAUAAGAUCUUAUUAUUUAUUGCUGUGCUAUUUGUGAAUGAAAUAUAUUUUUAAAUUCGAUUUUUUUAUCUAGUUAAACACUAGUGAACAUUUUUCAGUACAUUUUACUGUUCUCAUUAACAUUAUACUCAUCUAUUUUAUAUAUUGCAUCCGAAGCUAAAAAUUACUCAUAGCAUCCAACAUAAUACAUUCUUACAUUAUAAAUAGAAAAUGCGUUAGUGGUCGAGUACUUUGUAUAUAACUAAAAAUUUGUUAUUUGCUCUAUAAUUUUUGUAUAUACUGUAUAUUAAUUU